AUGGUCGACCUCUUCUCCUGGUUCCGCUCAAACCCAACCCCCAAACCCUCCGACGCAGAAUCCACACCAUCAACAACGCCGACACCACCACCACAAGCCAAAGAGUCUCAACAACAGCCCCCGCAAAACAAACCCAAGACAGACACCGACGACCUCCCCAAACUCUGGACGCCGCAAACAAACACAAAGCUCUUUUUAGGCGGCGCGCUCUUCUUCACCCUCUCCCUCCUCACGACUCGGCGCGCCCUAAACCGUCGCUUCAAGGCCAUGAUCCCGCCCUUCUACACAACCUCGGUAUACCACAAGCCCGAAGUCAAUGGCGGGAUGGAGGCAUUCGAGGCCUUGCAUCUGGCCACGGUGAAUGUGCUAAGUUUUGGCAUGAUGGCUAGUGGCGGGGUUCUUUGGGCGAUGGGGAUUAAUGGGAUUGAGGAUAUGAGGACUUAUGUGAAGAAGAGCAUGGCACAGGGGGACGGGGAGUCUAAUAAGACGGACGAGGAAAUGGAGAAGGAGGUUGAGGCUUGGGUGAUGCGGUAUUUGGGGAAGAAAAUCGAGGGGGACAAGUUGAAGGAUCUAAAUGAUACGUCAGGCGGGGAAGGGGAGAAGUCUACGUGA